AUGACUAUCCCGUUCAGGAUCCCGAUUCCGGACUUGGAUCACUCGCUAGCUCAGCUACUAGAUCACAAACCACCCAGACUCUUACCGUCGCAGACCGUACAGCAGCUAUGCCACACACUAAAAACGCAACUCCUAGCAGUGCCCAACAUAAUUCCGCUACAGUCUCCUGUGACCAUCGUGGGAGAUAUCCAUGGACAAUACCACGAUUUGUUAGAAAUAUUUGAGAUUGGCGGGUCCCCUCCCAAUACUAACUAUCUAUUUUUGGGGGACUAUGUAGACCGUGGAUACUAUUCAGUGGAGACUAUCACUCUACUUAUCGCAUUAAAAUUGAGGUAUCCGAACCGGAUUUCGUUGAUCAGAGGUAAUCACGAGUCGCGCACUAUCACCACCAACUAUGGGUUUUACUCAGAAGUGAUAAAUAAGUACGAGGGGUCUGCAGAAGUCUGGCAGUAUAUAACAGACUUAUUCGACUACUUACCCUUAGGUGCAACUAUAGAUGGGAAGAUUUUUGCUACUCACGGCGGAUUAUCACCAAGUUGCCAGCAACUUGAUCAAAUUAGAAGUAUAGACAGAUUUAAAGAAAUCCCACACGAUGGGAUAAUGGCAGACUUGGUCUGGUCAGACCCUGACCCAGAGAUCAUGGAUUUUAAAUUGAGUCCGCGUGGUGCUGGGUAUUUAUUUGGGUACGAGGUGAUUGAAAAAUUUUGUCAUGAUAAUGGAUUAGAACAAUUGGUGCGGGCUCAUCAAUUAUGUAACGAAGGCUACGUCAGUUACUGGAGGGGGAAAUGUCUUACGGUUUGGUCGGCUCCAAACUAUUGCUAUAGAUGUGGAAAUAAGGCAAGUGUAUUAGAAGUUAUGGAUACCAGCUACCUAGGAGGCAAAAAUAGUAAGUGCAACGAGCAGGGCGUCUUACCUGGCCAAUUUUUCAAUGUUUUUGAGGCAUCUCCAGAAAACGAUCAGGACACAGCAAACGGCCGCGGGGUGAACGGAGUGUUGGGGUCAGACAACGGGGAAGACGUCGACUUGUUCGGAGAUUUCUUCACCUCCAAGAAGAAAAAGCCUACAGAGUAUUUCUUGUGA